CGCGCACUGUCUCGAGCUUUUCUCCGAGCUUAGUGACGUCAGUUACCUCCUGGCAGCUAGCGAAGUCACUAUCCGAGUGGAGGCUCUUGAAAGAUACACAAGUAACCCAGUAGGAAAAGACAGACAGGGGAACACUCCCAGUAGGUACCGGGCACGUUAACUGUAAAACGGAAUAUUUUCCUCUGUCACAGCGGAAGAGUAGAAUUGAUCUUACCCCGGAGCUGGGGGUAACGUUCGCGAUACUCUACCGCAAUGGAUAGACUUUUAACUUGUCUAAUUGCUGCGGGCAGCGUAUUGCUUACAGUUCGAGGAGAAGUAUUCAAAGGUGACUGUAACUUUGAGGGGCCCUACACGGCAUGCGGCUACAGCCAGGGUAAGGACGAUGACUUUGAAUGGGAGCAGGCUAACACCAUGGAGAGGCCGUCGCCCAACCCCUGGAUGCCCACGGACUCUGCCUUCAUAAUGGUCAACACCAGCGGACGUUUCUCAGGCCAGAAGGCCCAGUUGCUCAUGCCCCAGCUCAAGGAGAACGACACCCACUGCCUCAUCUUCCAGUACUACGUAGCGGGACAGCGCGAGGGUGCCAACCCGGGCCAGCUCAACGUCUAUGUCAAGGAGAACAACAGUCCGCUGGGCAUCCCUGUGUGGAACGCCUCAGGGCCCGCCUACCCCACCUGGCGCCAGGUGGAACUGGCUGUCAGCACCUUCUGGCCCAACUUCUACCAGAUUGUCUUUGAGGCGGUGAGCACAGGACAAAGAGGUCUACUAGCCAUCAAGGACGUCACACUGCMAGGSCMCCMSUGCAUGAGCACCCCCCACUUUCUCCAUAUCAAAGGUGUGGAGGUCAACGCCAGGCAGACUGCCACAUUCCAGUGCACAGUUAACGGUCGACCACAAGACAGCCAUAACCUCUGGUUACAGGGUAUCGGAGGGAGACAGGCCCCGAUGAGAGAGACCAAGCCGGUGAACUCCCGCCGCUACAUCGCCACGUUYGACGUGGAGAACACCACCAAGGGAGACUCGGGCCGCUACCGCUGCAUCGUCCACUCAGACAAGGGCGUGGGCGUGUCCAGUUACGCCGACCUGACGGUCAAACAGCCCCCGGUGCCCAUCGCUCCGCCCCAGCUCACCGCCGUGGGUGCAACCUACCUGUGGAUCCAGCUCAACGCCAACUCCAUCAAUGGUGACGGGCCCAUCGUGGAGCGGGAGGUCGAGUACCGCACGGUGGCGGGCAGCCUCAUCGACAACCAGCCCGUGGACAAGACCACACACAAAAUCGGCCACCUGGACCCCGACACGGAGUACGAGAUCAGCGUGCUGCUCACCCGGCCCCUGGACGGAGGAACUGGGGCGCCCGGACCCCCCCUGAGGGCCAAGACCAAGUGUGCUGACCCCAUGCACGGUCCCCGAAGACUGGAGGUGGUGGACAUCAAGUCCAAGCAGAUCACAGUGCGCUGGGAGCCCUUCGGCUACAACGUGACCCGCUGCCACAGCUACAACCUGACUGUUCAGUACCGCUACCGGGCCGGCGGCAAGGAGGAGACCCGGGAGGAGGUGUGCUACGACACGCUGAGUGUGGCUCCGCAGCACACCAUCCGGAACCUGUCGCCCUACACCAACGUCAGUGUCAAGCUGGUGCUGAGGAACCCAGAGGGCAUCAAGCAGAGCACGAACGUGGGCGUGCUGACCGAUGAGGAUGUGCCUGGCGCUGUGCCACUCGAGUCCAUCCAGGGGAGCACGUACGAGGAGAAGAUCGCCCUGCGAUGGCGCGAGCCUGUCCAGACCUACGGUAUCAUUAAGCAGUAUGAGAUCUCCUACAAGGCCUUGAGCUCCUUCGACACGGAGUUUGACCUGAGCAACCAGAGCGGCAAGGUGUUUAAGUUCAGCAACGAGACGUCCCACAUGUUUGUGGGUCUCUACCCCGGCUCCACAUACUCCUUCACCAUCCGGGCCAGCACCGUCAAGGGCUUCGGCCCCCCCGUCAUCACCCAGUUCACCACCAAGAUCUCAGCUCCGUUGAUGCCAGGCUAUGACCAGGAGACUCCCCUGAACCAGACAGACAGCACGGUUACUGUCCUGCUGAAGCCUGCCCAGAGCAGAGGAGCCCCUGUCAGUAAGUACCAGGUGGUUGUGGAGGAAGAGCGCCCCCGGCGGGCACGGAGGGUGGCAGAGAUCCUGCGCUGCUACCCGGUGCCCAUCCACUUCCAGAACGCCACCGUGCUCAACUCACAGUAUUACUUCACGGCCGAGCUGCCCAUGGGCGACAUCAAAACCCCCGUACCCUUCUGCAUCGGAGACAACCGCACCUACAACGGCUACUGGAACGCCCCCCUCCUCCCCCACAAGAGCUACAGCAUCUACUACCAGGCUGUCAGCACAGCCAAUGGGGAGACCAAAAUCGAUUGUGUACGAGUGGCCACUAAAGCCGCCAUAAUCGUGACUCAGCUCACCACUCCCUACAUACGCAUCGCCCCCGCGGCUGGCGACAACCAACUAACAGGGACUGCGACCAGGAAGCCUGACGCGGUGGAGCCGGAGAAGCAGACGGAUCACACGGUAAAGAUCGCUGGAGUCAUCGCCGGUGUCUUGCUCUUCGUCAUCAUCUUCCUCGGUGUGGUGCUGGUCAUGAAGAAAAGAAGAACCUAUCACUCCUACACUUAUUACCUGAAACUGGCCAAGAAGCGCAAGGAGACGAUGAGCAGCACGCGGCAGGAGAUGACCGUGAUGGUGAACUCCAUGGACAAGAGCUACACGGAGCAGGGCACCAACUGUGACGAGGCCAUCUCCUUCAUGGACACCCACAGCCACACACUCAACGGGAGAACUGUUUCCUCGCCCUCGUCAUUCACCAUGAAGACUAACACACUCAGCACUUCUGUACCCACCUCCUACUACCCAGAUCCCUUUGUGCCAACCGCUAUCUUGGAUGAGAACCACACCAUGACCAGUGACACCAGUAGUCUGGUCCAGUCCCACAGCCACUCCUAUAAGAAGAAGAGGGAGGUGGCGGAUGUUCCUCCCUACCAGACCGGUCAGCUCCACCCGGCCAUCCGCGUGGCCGACCUGCUCCAGCACAUCACCCAGAUGAAGUGUGCCGAGGGCUACGGCUUUAAGGAGGAGUAUGAGAGCUUCUUUGAAGGACAGUCUGCACCAUGGGACUCUGCCAAGAAAGACGAGAACAGGAUGAAGAACCGAUACGGAAACAUCAUUGCAUAUGAUCACUCCCGCGUCCGGCUGCAGGCUAUCGAGGGAGAGCAGAGCUCCGAUUACAUUAAUGCAAAUUACGUGGAUGGCUACCACAGGCCAAAUCACUACAUUGCUACCCAAGGGCCCAUGCAAGAGACAGUCUACGAUUUCUGGAGGAUGGUGUGGCAUGAGAACACGGCAACCAUCGUCAUGGUGACCAACCUGGUGGAGGUGGGCAGGGUGAAGUGCUGUAAGUACUGGCCUGACGACACUGAGAUCUACAGGGACAUGAAGGUGACCCUCAUCGAGACCCAGCUGCUGUCAGAGUACGUCAUCAGGACCUUCGCCGUGGAAAAGAGGGGAGCCCAUGAGAUCCGGGAGAUCCGUCAGUUCCACUUCACGGGCUGGCCGGACCACGGGGUGCCCUACCACGCCACCGGCCUGCUUGGCUUCGUACGCAGGGUCAAGUCCAAGACCCCUGCCAAUGCCGGGCCCAUGGUGGUCCACUGCAGUGCGGGGGCGGGCAGGACCGGCUGUUUCAUCGUGAUUGACAUCAUGCUGGACAUGGCUGAGAGAGAGGGUGUGGUCGACAUCUACAACUGUGUGAGAGAGUUGCGCUCACGAAGGGUUAAUAUGGUCCAGACAGAGGAGCAGUACGUGUUCAUCCACGACGCCAUCUUGGAGGCGUGUCUGUGCGGGGACACCACCAUCCCAGCCAACCAGCUGCGAUCGGUCUACUAUGACAUGAACCGCCUGGACCCCCAGACUAACUCCAGCCAGAUCAAAGAGGAGUUCAGGACUCUGAACAUGGUGACUCCUACGUUGCGUGUGGAGGACUGCAGCAUCGCCCUGCUCCCCAGGAACCACGAGAAGAACCGCUGCAUGGACGUCCUCCCGCCAGACCGCUGUCUGCCCUUCCUCAUCACCAUCGACGGAGAGAGUUCCAACUACAUCAACGCCGCUCUCAUGGACAGCUACAAGCAGCCGUCUGCGUUCAUCGUUACCCAGCACCCCUUGCCCAACACGGUCAAAGACUUCUGGAGGCUG